AUGAAUUACUGUCCAGCUAAGCUGAGACUGUCAGUCUACCUGAAAUUCAUUGACGACUACAAAGUAGUGGAUAGUAUGGAGCACCAGAAUUAUAUUGGUCGUGUUGGUAAAGAUGAUGAAUCACGUAGUCUGUACAUCAAGGAACGAAUAGAAAAGGACAAGAAACUCACACGAGAGAUAUUCAAGAACUGUAAGAAGUAUGGUGUAGAUAACGAGGAAGAAGUAUUCAACAUUUACAAAAAGUUGGGGAAAAUGUAUGCUGUCGAUUAUAGCACACUUCAUGUCAUAUUCUGCCUAUUCAAAUUACCAGGUGCUGAUAAAAACAGUGUUUACACCAUACUGGACUACACUUACAACAUAUUGGAAUUGAAUAUGAUAUUCCAAGGCAAAGAUAACGAAGAUAGCAUCAGUUUCGUGGAAAAGAACGUUGAUAGAGAACAGCAUUUUGAUAGUGAUACGCUUGAAGAAAGCAUCAGGAAGAAUCAAACUGGAUUUGCAUCGAAUAGCAACCUAUUCAGUCCAAAGGUACAGAAAGAAGAAUCUUCCGCAAAAAAGAUGAAAACAGAAGAGUGUGAGCCAUUCACACAAGAAAAACUCAAGCAGUUGAUGAAGCUGAUAAUGGACUACGAUUUUGACACAUUUUUGGUGAUGGUCGAUAUUGGUAUGGCAUUGAAUUUAACCUUUAUGGAAAUCAUAAAACAGGCGAGCCAAUUUUCUACGAUUACAUCGUUGGAUGCACUGGUUAAAGUGAUUGGAUCAAGACAAAAUACGAGAUAUUAUCAUGCAGGAACAUUUAAACCAAAAGAAAAGCAGGAGAAGCACGAUUUAAACUAUUUUGACUUUCUGGUUAUCCAGAAUGAAACAAUUAAGGCACAAGAGAACAUCAAGGACCAGUAUGAAAAAGAGUUAGCUGAAUUGAAACACGAAUUGAGUAAAUAUAGAUAG